AUGGCCAGACUCUACCCAAGCCUACUGCUCCUGGUGGCCACUAUGGUUCUUGUAUCCAGAGAUAUUCGCACCUGGGGCUGGAAGAAGGUGGUGAGGGAAUUCAAAGACAUCCCGGAAAGCUAUGUCUAUGUGCAGCAGGCGCUGUGGUUUGCCAUGAAGGAGUAUAACAAGGCCAGCAAAGACAAGUACACUUUCAAGGUGGUGAAAGUGCUGAAGUCCCAGGAGCAGGUCACAGAUAGUUUGGACUACUUUCUUGAAGUCAAAAUUGGCCGAACAAUGUGCAAGAAAGCUUUAGGAGACAAUGAAAACUGCUUAUUACAACAGGAUCCUGAAAUGCAAAAGAUGCUUCAUUGCACCUUUAUUGUUCUAACCAAGCCCUGGUUAUUUGAACUCACUCUGCAGAAGAAACAUUGCAAAGAUAUCUAA